AUGCUGGGCUCUGAUGAUGGAGAUAUUGAUGUGUUCUUUGACUCAGUGGAUAGUUUGUCAGCUCCAGAUUCUGUUUUAGCCAAAGAAGAGUUUAUUUCUGAAAGGUACGGUUGUGAUUAUGGUGAAAUUUGGGUGAAGGAGCCUCUUAGUGUGAAGGAGAGAAGGGAACGUUUUCUGCAGAAUUUGGGUUUAGACGAUGCUUCUUCAUCUAAGGUUUGUUAUCAAGAAAAAAUGAACUUUGAUGACUCAUCCAUCAGUUUGGGAUUUGAGAGGAUCAGGGAGUGCAGUGGAGCAAUUUCAAAUGCUUCAAUUUCGCAUGCCGAUCAAGUAUCUGAGAAUUUGGUUCUCUCUGGAGGUAAAUCAGCUUCUGAAGCAAAAGUCUCAUUGGAUGAAGUGAAAGGGUGUCCCCAAGGUGAAGCAGAUGCAAACUUUGAAAGAAAAGUGCAUGACUUCACUUUUACAAAUCAGGAGCACAGAGACGCUGAUUCGCAAGAAUUUCAGGAGUUUGACAUGGGUAAAAGGAAAAGGAAAAACUGGUGGAAACGCUUUGUGGACAUGAGGAAAUGUGGUGAAGGAAAUGUUAAAUCAAAAUUGAAUGCAGGGGCAAAUAAAACUCGAAGAAUAAAGGUAAGGCAGAAUAAAAAGAGGUGGCUAGAGUUCAGUGGCCUAUACAUUGGACAAGAGGUUAGAGCACACAAAGGUCUAAUAUGGACCAUUAAAUUUAGUCCCUGUGGUCAGUAUUUAGCGAGUGGAGGUGAAGAUGGUGUUGUUCGCACAUGGCGUGUUACAUCACUGGAUAAAUCCAGUAUUUGUUACACCUCAAAAGAUAGCACUUCUAAUAGCAAAGUGGAGUGUGAAAACUCUUCUCCUAACAAGAAACACUCAUGCCAACCCUUUAUUUUCCUUCCAAAUAGUAUUUUUCAAAUCGAGGAAUCACCACUGCAAGAAUUCUUUGGUCAUUCCAGUGACGUCUUGGAUUUGGCUUGGUCUAAUUCAGAUAUUCUCCUUUCAUCUUCUAUGGAUAAAACUGUUCGCUUGUGGCAAAUUGGUUGUAAUCAAUGUCUAAGUGUUUUCCAUCACAAUGACUAUGUGACAUGCAUUCAGUUCAACCCUGUUGAUGAAAAUUGCUUCAUUAGUGGGUCCAUUGAUGGUAAAGUUCGAAUAUGGGGGAUACGUGAAGAGCGAGUCAUUGACUGGGCAGAUAUACGAGAUGUCAUAAGCGCUAUAAGUUACCAGCAAGAUGGGAAAGGAUUUGUAGUUGGUUCUGUUACAGGCACUUGUCGUUUUUAUGUUGCUUCAGGAAAAUAUUUCCAGCUUGAGGCGCAGAUAGAUGUACAUGGUAAGAAGAAAGCAUCAGGCAACAAGAUUACUGGCAUUCAGUUCUCCCAAAAAAAUGUUCAGAGAAUUAUGAUCACAACAGAAGAUUCCAAAAUUCAUAUUUAUGAUGGCAUUGAGCUUGUUCAGAAAUACAAAGGUCUUCCAAAGUCUGGAAGUCAAAUGUCUGGUUCAUUUACAUCAAGUGGAAAACAUAUAAUUUCAGUUGGAGAGGACUCCCAUGUUUACAUUUGGAACUUGGAUGACUUGGAAAACCCUUCUUCUAGACACACAAAAUCUGAACGCUCCUGUGAGUACUUCUUUUCCAAGGGUGUUACUGUUGCAGUACCUUGGUCAGGUGUGAAAGUAGAUCAAAGGGAUUCUAGCAGUAACUUUUCCCACCAUUCUUCAGAAAUGCAAACCCAAUUAGAUCUUGCUCCUGGGAUUAGAGAUUCAGAACGUUUUUCUCUUGGAAACUGGUUUGCCAUUGAUGGCACAUGCCGAGGUUCUAUGACUUGGCCUGAGGAGAAACUUCCUAGCUGGGAUUUACCUAUAGCGGAAGAUGAAUAUGAUCAGCACCAGUUAUGUCACAAAGAUAGACUUGUAUCAGAAACAUGGGGGCUAUCAAUUGUGGUGGCUGGUUGUGAUGGAACUAUGAAGACAUUCCACAACUUUGGGUUGCCCAUUAGGCUUUAA